AUGGAUGACUGGAAACCACUUCUUGUUCUUCUCUUUGUUUCCACCUUCUGCUCUACAGAUGCACAACAGACUGCUUGCAGAAAAGCCACAUUGGCAGAUGUUGUCUUUUUAGUGGAUACUUCAACAAGUAUUGGCCAGGAAAACUUUCAGAAGGUGAAGAACUUCCUCUCCACCUUGGUUUCAAGUCUUGAUGUUGGCCUUGAUGCGAUUCGAGUUGGGCUGGCACAAUACAGUGAUGAGACUUACCAAGGAUUCUUGCUGAAUCAGUAUUUAUUGAAAAGUGAUGUUUUGGAGCAGAUUGAGAAUUUGCUGUAUAGGAGUGGAGAAACUUACACAGGGAGAGCUCUGGAUUUUGUUAGCAGAGCGUAUUUCACUGAACCUGCUGGUGGUGGAGCUAAGGGCUAUGUCCCGCAGGUAGCCAUUCUAAUCACUGGCGGAGAAUCCAGUGAUGAAGUUGAAUUGCCUGCCAGAAAACUGAGGAACAGAGGCAUCUCCUAUGUUGUUGGAAUUUGUGUCCAGAAUACAGCUGAGCUUCAGCAAAUAGCCGGCAAACCUUUUGGUAAAUAUCGGUAUAGCACUGGUAGUUUUGAUGACCUUCAAGAUCUCUCCACAAGACUUUUGGGAAACUUCUGCUUUGCAAUUGAAAGUCAGAUCGAAGCAUUUGCAAAACAAUAUGCUGAUGUCAUUUUCCUUACUGACUCCACUGAGAACAUGAGGCCUUCAACCUUUGGGAAAGUAAAACAUUUCAUCUCCCAAAUAGUCAGACAGCUAGAUGGUGGGCUUAACAAGUAUAGGAUUGGCCUAGCCUAGUUUAGUGGCAUAGGACAGGUGGAGUUUUUACUGAACACACAUGAAAAUAAAGAAGAGGUGCUUGACCACAUUCAGCAGAGCAUUGCAUUCACUGGAGGCUCAUCAAAGGCUGGAAGUGCCAUGGAGUUCUUGCAGGAAACCUUUUUCAUGGAUGGUGCUGGAAGCCGGCUCAGCAAAGGCACUCCGCAGGCUGUAGUGGUCAUCACACCCUCUGGAUCCAGAGACAAUAUCAUGGAGGCAGCCUGGAUGUUAGAAGAGGUGGGGGUAAAAGUUGUCUCAGCUGAUGCUGGAUACUUUGAGGAAGAAGAAAAGGUGAGAGCAUCCUCUGGCAUGACUUCCCAGACUUACGAAGGGGAGAGCAUUGACCUUCUCCAGCAAAAUAUUGUCAGUGAUAUGGAAGCCUCACUUCAGAAGCUUUAUAACCUUGAUCCGAUCAAGUGGGCCAUGCGUUCCAGUGCAACUGUUGCAGAUGUGUUUCUUGUGGAUGAAUCCAGCAAAAUUAGGUCAAAAAACUUCCAGCUGAUAAGGGCCUUUCUGUUAAAAAUUGUUAAUGCUCUAGAUAUUGGUCCGAGUAAUGUAAGAGUUGGGCUAGUGCUGUACAGUAAUGAACCGAGGCUAGAGUUCACCCUGGACACAUUCAAGGAUAAAUUGGAAAUCCUGAACUGCUUGAAGAACUUACCAUAUCAAGGAGGGCAAACAUACACUGGAGCUGCCAUUGAAUUCCUGAGGAAGAAGGUUUUUACUCAAGAAGCAGGCAGCAGGAAAAAACAAGGAGCGCAUCAAAUUGCUGUGGUUAUCACCAAUGGCCAGUCCUUGGAUGAUUACACUGAAGCAGCAUCUAAACUAAGACAUAAAGGUAUUACUGUCUAUGCUGUGGGCAUCCAGAAACCAGAGAGUAGCAAUCUUGAUAAAAUUGCAACUUAUCCCCUAAGGAAACAUGUCAGCACCCUGAAUUUUUUUCUACAGCUGUCAAAUAUUGGAUGGAAAAUAAAGAAACAGCUUUGUAAUGAGAUUGAAAAAAAGUUUGUAGUCCCAUUACAGUUGCGAAGUAUGAAAAAAGAGGAGAUGAACAUUCAGAAAGGUUUUAGUGAGGUUUAUGAAGUUCUGGCGGUGAUUGACCCAAAUAUCAUCAAGAUAAGAGCUGACCUGCUUAGAACCAGCCCCUAUGUAGUGCAUGGAUCAUCUGGUGUUACAGACCUGCAGUUCAAAAAUGUGCAGUGCCUCAUAGAAGCAGUAGUUAAUGACUCAGUGAUUGGUGUGUAUAAAUUUCAAGUUUCAACUCUCCUCUGGUCUCAGAGUAGAGAAGCAGUACUCAACUUGAAGCCUCUGCCAGGUCAGCCCUUCACAGCAAGAGCUUUGAGCUUUGCCAGGUAGAGAUUUGGUGUGAACUAGGGUGGGUGUGCAUCUUUCCUUGCUGUCACCAGGAUCCCUAUUUCUGAUGAACCAACAGCACCAUUGGAUAGAGCCAACCUUCCCAUGGCCAUAAAAGCUUUGAAGGGAGGUGAAAUCAACUUAACUGCUGUUGGAGUGAACAAAGCAAGCAGAGCAGAACUGGAAGAGAUUGCUGAAGGUCAAGAAAGAUUACUUGCACAAAGCUAUGAUGCACUGCCAAUAAAAAGCAGUCAAGUGGCAGAUCUGGUAUUCCUGAUAGAUGGAUCAGAAAGCAUAUCAAAAAGUAACUUUUCUGUCAACACCUUCAUGUUGGAAGUUGUGGACAGCUUUGUUACUUCUAGGGACAAAGUACAUGUUGGAGUAGUCCAGUACAGCCAAGAGCCCCAGAAAGAAUUUUCUCUUAAUGAGUUCUAUACUGACCAUGAUAAAGGAACAGAUAACAGAAUCGAGCAAUUGCAGCCCUCUAUAUUCACUGGCAAAUGGCUGAGGCUUGUCCAGAGCCUUUUUCAGCCUGCCAAUGGAGGCUGCAAGAGCCAAGGAGUCUCACAGAACCUUGUAGUGAUUACAGGCAGGUACUCUGCUGACAGGGUGGAGGAUGCAGCAAUGGUUUUGAGAAGCGAUGGGAUCCAUGUCUUUGCAGUUGGCAUAGGGAUUAUAAACUCCUUUGAGCUGCUUUUAAUAGCUGGUGAUGCAAGAGUGUUCACAGUGGAAAACUUUGAUGCACUGGAAACCAUCGAGAGGAGUAUUGUCAAUGAGGUCUGUGAAUCUGAAGAUCUUCGUAGCCAGGAUUGCGACAUAGAUCUUUCUAUAGCAAUUGAUACUUCAAGGCGCAUGCGGCCAGCAUCCACAGUGCUUCUGAAACAGAAAUUGCAAGCAUUCCUCCCCAAGCUUUUACUCCAGAUGAAAUUGCUGCCAAAUACUAGCUGUAAUGCUGGCUCUCCAGUCAACAUUAGAUUCAAGUUCCAAGUAUUGGCACAGACCAAACAAUUCAUCUUUGACUCUGAUUUUGAAGACUAUAAUGAAGAGAUCAUCCGGAAUUUCUUAGACGCACAGACCACUGUGGACACCUACCUGAAUGCAGACUUCUUACAGGCAUUUGAGGAGAAGUUCUUUAGUGUGACCUCUGCUAAAGUUAAGGUUCUGUUAGUAUUUUCAGAUGGGCUGGAUGAUUCGUUGGAAGAUCUCAGAAAAGCAGCUGACUCGCUUCGCUUUAAAGGUCUUGAUGCAUUUCUAUUAGUUGGCCUGGACAACACACAGAACUUGACGGAACUUCGGGAAAUAGAGUUUGGCAGAGGGUUUGAAUACAAUGAACCUCUGAGUGUUGGGUUUGCAGAGAUUGCAAACAUCUUGCAGAGAAAUCUUGAUACUGUUGCAGAAAGGAAAUGCUGUAAGGUUGUUUGUAAAUGCCUUGGAGAAAAUGGUGAUCAUGGUGGCCAGGGAAGUCCUGGAAGGAAGGGAAGUACGGGUUACAGAGGAUCUCCUGGCCAUCCUGGUGAGGAAGGUGGGAUUGGGGAGAGAGGCCCAGUUGGUUUCAAUGGGACUCAAGGAGACAGGGGAUGUCCAGGUGUCAGAGGCUAUAAGGGGGCCAGAGGCUAUAGAGGAAGUCAGGGUGAACAUGGUGAGAGUGGAUUUGACGGCACUGAUGGAGAGCAGGGAGAACGUGGAUUUCCUGGAUCUUCUGGAGAGAAAGGCAACACGGGAAAGCGGGGCAGAAAAGGCCCCAGAGGAGAACCAGGUGAACGAGGAGAAUCUGGUCUAAGAGGAGAUCAUGGAGAUCCUGGGACUAGCAAUAAUGUUCCUGGUCCUAAGGGUGAAAAGGGAAACCCAGCACGGCAAGGAGACCCAGGACCACAUGGACUCCAAGGAGAGCAGGGUGAUGCUGGCCCUGAUGGUGCAGCAGGUCGAAGAGGCCCUCCAGGUAUAAAGGGUGAGCAAGGAGAUCUGGGGGAAGCAGGUUACCCAGGAGACUCUGGUCUUCCAGGCCCACAGGGCCCAAGAGGACUACAAGGGAUCAGAGGACCUCCAGGACCACAAGGCAUGCCAGGCCCUCUGGCUAGUCUGGGGGCCCCAGGUUCACCUGGCUCUGUUGGAAAGUUAGGUGCGAGAGGACCAAAGGGUGAACCUGGUGACCCUGGAGAGAAGGGCCCAGUGGGACCAGCUGGAUGGAGAGGCAAGCCUGGCAUGGAUGGCAGAGAUGCCUACGGUCCUGAAGGAAGCAGAGGAGCUAAGGGAGAAUCUGGAUUCAUAGGAUAUCCUGGUCCAGAGGGAGAAGAUGGAGACCCGGGAAUUCCAGGAGCUGAAGGACCCAAAGGAGUUAGGGGUAGAAGAGGUAAUGCUGGCACACCAGGUUCCCUGGGAGAUCCAGGGGACCAAGGGCCAUCAGGACCUAUGGGUGCCAAGGGACCAAUGGGCACCAUUUUAAUGGAACCUUGUGAACUUGUGAAUUUUACACGAAAAAACUGCCCUUGCUCAUCAGACACAUGUCCAGUUUAUCCAACUGAAGUGGUAUUUGCCUUCGAUAUGUCUGAAGAUGUUAUGUCAGCUACAUUUGAAAGAAUGAGGAACAUUGUUAUGUUAUUGCUGAAGACCAUUAAGAUCAGUGAAAGCAAUUGCCCAACAGGCGCUCGUGUCUCCAUUGUUUCUUUCAAUACCAAUAUGCGCUAUCUCAUCCGAUUCUCAGAAUUCCAAAAAAGCAACUUGCUGCUAGAAGCAGUCCAGAGAAUACCACUAGAGAGAUCCACUGGAAAACGUAAUAUUGGGGCAGCCAUGAGAUUUGUUGCAAGAAAUGUCUUCAAACGUGUUCGUCAGGGCAUCCUCACAAGAAAAGUUGCCCUAUUUUUUGCCAAUGGUCCAUCGCAGGAUGAUGUUUCCAUCAGCACAGCUGUACUUGAGUUGAGUGCCUUGGAUAUCACUCCAGUGGUUAUUGCCUUCAGUGAAGUGCCAAAUGUCAGACGUGCCUUCUCAAUUGAUGAUACUAGAAGAUUUCAAUUAUUUGUUUGGGAAAGACAACAGGAUGAAAGUUUGGAGAGCAUCACAUAUUGUACACUUUGCUUCGAUAAAUGCAAACCGAGUACCAACUGCGAGGUGCCCUUUUCUCCCCCUGUUCUGAUGGAUAUGGAUAUCACUUACAUAAUGGACAGCUCUCGCAGCAUCAGCAGCAAAGAGUUUCAGAGAGCCAAAGACUUUGUGAGCAACAUGCUAGAUCAGUUUGUCGUUUCCUCACAGCCAAACGAAUCAUAUGGAGGCAUCAGAGUGGCACUGGUGCAGCAGGCUCCCAGGGGCUUCUUGCCUGAUAGAAACCAGACCCCUGUGGCCUUGGAGUUUGAUCUAGUCACAUACAGCAAUAAAGAUUUGAUGAAGAAACAUAUCCAAGAGUCUGUUCACCAACUGGAAGGGCCAUCAGCCAUUGCUUCUGCCCUACAGUGGACGGUUGAAAAUGUAUUCUUUAAAGCCCCCAGCCAAAGAAAACACAGGGUCAUAUUUGCAAUAGUUGGAAGCAAAACAAGCACGUGGGACAGAGAGAAGCUGAGAGAGAUUUCACUCGGAGCCAAGUGCCAAGGAUUCACCUUGUUCACUCUUGCACUUGGCAAUGAUGUGAGUGACAAUCAGCUGAUGGAGCUGUCAAGCUCCCCCACAGACCAGCACUUACUGACAUUGGGCAGGGUUUCAAUGUCUGAGAUGGUAUAUGCUCAGAGGUUUAGCCGGGCAUUUCUAAAUCUUCUACAACAAGAAAUGAACAGCUAUCCUUCACCUGAACUUCAAGAAGAGUGUGAAAACUUAGAUCAGGAAGACACACAACAGCAAGCGUCUAUGAAUGAAAGGAUGCCUUUUCCUGGAACUGAUGAAGCUGGUUAUGGUCAUGGUUUAGAAGACAUUGAAAGAACUGAAAGUAGAGUCCUGGAGAAUAUUAGAGAUACCACCACAGAACCUGUAUACACAAUGCCAGAAAAGGGAUAUGAUUAUGAAGAGAAUGAGUAUUUCACAGAGGAAGAUACUGAAGGAGAAAAGCCACAAGAGUAUGGAGAAACUCAGGAGAAUGAGGAAAACUUGGAGGCAACAGUAGAAACUAGAGCUGCCUAUAGUGAUUAUGAUGCAUGUGACCUUGUUCAAGAUAGUGGAGAAUGUCAGAAUUACAUUCUGAAGUGGUACUACGACAAAGAGCAGAAAAUGUGUGGUCAGUUCUGGUACGGGGGCUGUGGAGGCAAUAAAAAUAGAUUUGAAACACAAGAAGAAUGUGGAUUCUUGUGUAUAGAGUCUUUCUAG